AGCUGGUUUAGUGAUAGUUUAUUAACCGUUGAGUUCACAUCUAAUGUCGGAAAUCGCAGUUCCCGGUUCCGCAUCUGACUUUUGAGAAACUUUAUUGAGGUUGUUUGAAAUUAAUAUCCAUAGCUCUAUAUGUAUGCGCGUGGCUGUAGUGCUUGCGAACAUUUGCGUGCAGUGUCGUCAUCAUCGUAUGUGCAGCACCCACACUAAUACAAACACAAGUGAAUGAGUGAAUUCAAAAUCGCCGGUGUUUUAAGAAAUCUUUGUGAAAUAAUGCAUAAAAAUUCAACUCAAAAUGCCGCUGCAUAAUCAUAAUCAAGAGUACAUGUUGGCGUGAAAUUAUUCAUCGCCGGAAAGUGAAUCAACAAAAUAAUAUUAAAUAAUAGUGUUUUUAAUUCGAAGAAAAAUAAAAUCAAAAAGGUGAAUCAUAAAAUUGCUUUAUUGCAUACAAAAUAGUGUUGAAUGUUUCAAGUGGAAUUUGCGAAGAAAGCAGUUGGAAAUAUGUAGACACCUCAGUGGAAAUAGACAAAGUGUGAUUUUCGAAAAUAUGCCGUUUUUGGUUUUUUAAUUUGUGGCAACCAUAUAAUUAAUCAUGAUAUCUUGUUAAAAUCAACAACAAGUGGAACAACAAACAAUUUAUUUGACAUACAUACAUACAUAUAUGUAUGUAUAUGUAUAUGAUAUAAUAGUGCAGAAAAAAAAUUGCACAAAGUAUUUCUUAUGCAAACAACAUGAUUUAUAAAAUAUAUCAGAAAUUCAUUGUGUGAAUAAAUUAUUAAAAAUCAUUCAAAAUCUAAAAAAUAUAUAAACUGAGUUACGCAAAUAUUGUUGCAAAAAUAACGUCAUUUAUAAAGCAAUAUCUCCAUAAUAGUCGCAACAACAACCAACAAUAAGUGACAAUGUGGCUUGCGAGUCCUUCGUUACGGCAGCAUUUUAUGCGGAUACCACAACAGCACGGACAUACGGCCAAAGCUAAAGCCAGUGCAGCGCCCAACAGGCAGCUUAUGAGCAGUUAAGGCACCAACAAGCGAGCAUAGAAUGGACUUAAAACAAUUACAAAUUACAAAAACAAAUACAUGUGAUUCGCGUUAUUGAAUGAUAUUUUCAAAAGUAAAACACAUACGAACUCUUGUGUAUUGCUAAAAGAUAGUAAAGAAACAACAUUUAAAAACAUUAAAAAAAUCAACUGCAAGACGCACUUAAAUCGAUAAACACAAAGCGAACGUUGCAAUUGUCGUUGCCACACAGUGAAAAUCGGUGUAUUCUGUGCGUCGCUGUAGAGUUGAUACUAACUCUCCUACGGGCGGACGCCAUGUAUGCGCGAGUAUUGCGCAAAUGGAGUCUACAAACAAAACUGCAAAUAUUCAUGAACAUGUGGCGGCUGCUGCUGCUCACCCUGCUGCUGCUCUGUCUGUACACAACGCCGGUCACAUGCCUUGCAACCGCCUCCGCGCAACGCCUGAGUGCGAGUCGGAGCACAUCGCCUGCACAUGCGCUUGCAUUUGCGCCCGUGAUUUCCUCUGCGGCUGCGACUGUGACUGCAAAUGCAGCAGCACUGGUACCAGCAGCACAAACACCAACGGCAGCAGCUAUGGUGAAUGCCGAUACACCCGCCGCAGCCGAAUCAGCAGCACAGCCACUCAACGUCACAGUAGUAAAAGCAGAAGCCGUCACAGUUGGCGACAUCAUCGAAGAAAGCUUUUACAUACCCGUCGUCGAUGGCGACGAUGCAGAUAGCAACAUCUAUGGCAGCGGCGCAACGAGCGCAGCAGGUGUAGAUUUAGUGGGACGCAGUAGCAGCAGCAACGGCAAGAAGCAGGAUAAUUUUAACCGCGACGGCAGCAGUAGGAUAUUUAGCAGUAGUAGUGUAAUGAGCAUCCGCAACGGCGACAGCAGUGGACCACAGCAAUAUAUGAAAGGAGAGCAGCUAUUCAAACAGACCGAUGGCUCGGUUGCAACCGACGCGUAUGCAGACAAUUUGGCUUACGCGUUCUAUCGAGGCUCAGCGCCAGCCGCGUUCAGGUCGUCAAUAGCCACGGAGCCAUCAGUAACAGGGAUGGUGACACAAGCGCCAACAACAGUAUUCAGUCCCCAAUUUAGUGCCCACCAUGUGGCGAAUGACGAUAGUGUUGUAAACGAUGGUAAUGAGGAGGACGAAGUUGAUAAUGAGGGGGAGGGGGAUGAGGAAGAUGCUGAGGAUGUGGAUGAUGACGCCGAUGUCGAUUUGGAUGAGCAUACAUCGGAUGAAGGUGAUGCCGAUUAUGGUCGACAGCAACAACAAAAAGUUCCAAAUAAUAAAAAUAGUCACAUAAUUAAUUUAUUUAAAUCAUAUACACAUAGCAACAUUAACAACUACAAUACCAAUUAUAAUCACAACUCCAACUCAAAUCUGAAUCCAAACACACCACAACCGCCACAACACUCCCGCAGUGCAGCCUCACCCUUCCAACCGGCACACACAGCAACCGCCAGCAGCAGUGACACCCAAGCCUACGUAGCUGGUAGGCGCAGCUACAAAACGCGACGACAUGUUGCCGCCGAACAACACCAACUUUGGUCUACAAUUGCGCAACAACAACAGCAACCAUUGCGAUUGCAUAACGCCAAUGUGGGAAAGAGCGCUCAGUAUUCUUCCACAAGCACACCGCUGCCCAUCGCUGCGUACCCCACCAAGAAGGUGUACCAAUUGGUGAACGGCAAGAAUUUGACACGCAUCGUGCAUCUGUUUCCGCCAACGCAUUACCGCAUUGCCGCCUAUGAGAUACCCUCGUCACUGCCAUAUCGCGGUGAGUUGACGGAGCAGCAGCGACGCAUGCUACAGCACCAGCAUGAGCAACAAUUGCAGCAAGAUCAAACAGCGCGCUCACGCCGCGACUCACGCGUCUUUGGGUUGGCGCAGUCAAUGAGCAGCGGCCUGAACGCUGGCUACUAUGGUAUGCAACAGUCGCCGCAGCCCACAUUGGGGCAACAGAUGGGCGGACAGCAACAGCAAUUUCAACGCCUGCAACAAAGUAGCAGCGCCAAUGGCAAUAGUUGGCAGCAAAUGAGCGGCAACAUGUUCCAACGCCAAACGCAUGCGCAGCAACUUCAACGCCAGCAACAACCACAACAACACCACCAUAAACAUCAACACAGCAAUGGCGAACAAAAUGGUGUGGGCGCCAACAACAACCAUCGCAAUACGCACCAUAACAGUCAUCACAACAGCAACGGCAAACACAAUCAGCGCCAACGUCAACGCAAACGACCGCGGCGCUAUUGCUCGGCACGCGAUCCCGCACAGCUGGCGUUCGAGGCGCCUAUCGUGUUCGAGGGCAAAAUCACCUCAAUGUCACCGGAUCGCCGUCACAACUUUGCUGCCACCGUGCAGGUGUUGAACGCAUACAAGCAACAGAUUGGAUAUCAGGUGAAGCGAGAGCAAUUCGUGCGGCUGCAGUUCGCGUACAUCAAUAGCAGCGGCGAGUGCGACAUUUACCGCGAGCAGUUGCGGCCGCGCGGACAAGUGCGCGGCGACGAGCUGGAGCUGCAGCGCACCUAUCUCUUCUUCGUGCAACAAAUCGAUAUGCGCAACUUCACCAUACUCGGCCAGCCAAUCAGGAAGACACGGCGCGUAGUCGAAGCAGUCAAGGAUGCAGUGAGCGAAAAUUAUGCACAGCCCGCAUCGAUACGAAGUAUAACAAACAAUCGGACGAUGGAAAUCGGUAGAGAGUUGCACAUUGUGUGCAAGGUACAGGGCAAACCGCCGCCUAAGGUCACUUGGUUCAAGGAUGGUAAAUCGAUCAAUCGGAAUCGGAAAUUAUACAAAUUUCGGCAUUUCAAAAAGCGCUCCGAGCUCAUCAUUCGUUCGUUCAACAUCUCCGACACCGGACGUUACGAGUGUCGUGCCAAAAAUAAAAUCAAUCAGGAACCAGAUCGACACACCAUACUCAUUAAAGCGGAUCCAGUUCUCUUGCCACUUUUGGAGAGCGCCUUUUCAAAGAAAUUAUUGUGCUCCAAUUAAUUUGUAAUUUAUCGCAGCAUUUCCUUUCCACAAUAUUAUUAUUGCUUGUGUAGAUAAAGUGAGAUGUAGUAUGUAUAUAUGCCCACUAGAAGAAGCUGCAUAAAAUGCAUAACCAUAAUCAUUCAGGGUCAAUUAUAUGGUAGAUAAUGUGAAGUGAUAAUCAUAAAUUACUACAAUAUUAGAUGGUCAUUCGUAUACCUUGUUCUUUGUAAUUGAAGUGACCGUAUACUUAGGCCACCACGUUGAAGAGGUUCAUUUCUAUAUCAGUUCACUGCUAAAAUCCAAGCCUCAUUUGAAUUCUUCUUGAAUAGCUUUCUCAUAAUGUCGACUCGUCUCUCAAUAAGCAAACGUGCCGUCAUCGUGUAUGUCAACUUUUUUAGGCACUACUCUCUUGUAUGUAUGUAUGUGAUUGGCGUUGCAACCGUUUAGCCGGUUAUAGCCGAAUCGACGAUAGUGCGCCACCUGUCUCUCUCCUUCGCAGUUCGGCGCCAGUUGGAGAUCCCAAGUGUAACCAGGUCGCUCUCCACCUGGUCCCUCCAACGGAGUGGAGGCCUUCCCCUUCCUCGGCUUCCUCCGGCGGGUACUGCAUCGAACACUUUCAGGACUGGAGUGUUUUCGUCCAUUCGGACAACAUGACCUAGCCAGCGUAGCCGCUGUCUUUUUAUUCGCUGAACUAUGUCAAUGUCGUCGUAUAACUCGUACAGCUCAUCGUUCCAUCGUCUGCGGUAUUCGCCGUUGCCAAUGUUCUGAGGACCAUAAAUCUUGCGCAAAAUUUUCCUCUCGAAAACUCCUAGUGUCGUCUCAUCUGAUGUUGACAUCGUCCAAGCUUCUGCACCGUAAAGCAGGACGGGAAUGAUAAGCGACUUGUAGAGCUUGAUUUUGGUUCGUCGAGAGAGGACUUUACUGUUCAAUUGCCUACUCAGUCCAAAGUAGCACCUGUUGGCAAGAGUUAUUCUGCGCUGGAUUUCGAGGCUGACAUUGUUCGUGUUGUUGAUGCUGGUUCCUAGGUAUACGAAAUUAUCUACGACCUCGAAGUUAUGACUGUCAACAGUGACGUGGGAGCCAAGACGCGAAUGCGCCGACUGUUUGUUUGAUGACAGGAGAUAUUUCGUCUUGUCCUCAUUCACCUCCAGACCCAUUCGCUUCGCCUCCUUAUCCAUGCGGGAAAAAGCAGAACAAACGGCGCGGUUGUUGCUUCCGAUGAUAUCAAUAUCAUCGGCGUACGCCAGGAGCUGUACACUCUUGUAGAAGAUUGUACCUUCUCGGUUUAGCUCUGCAGCUCUUAUAAUUUUUUCCAGCAUCAGGUUAAAGAAGUCGCACGAUAGUGAGUCACCUUGUCUGAAACCUCGUUUGGUAUCGAACGGCUCGGAGAGGUCCUUCCCAAUCAUGACGGAGCUUUUGGUGUUGCUCAACGUCAAUUUACACAGCCGUAUUAGUUUUGCGGGGAUACCAAAUUCAGACAUCGCGGCGUAAAGGCAACUCCUUUUCGUGCUGUCGAAAGCAGCUUUAAAAUCGACAAAAAGGUGGUGUGUGUCGAUCCUCUUUUCUCGGGUCUUUUCCAAGAUUUGGCGCAUGGUGAAUAUCUGGUCAGUUGUCGAUUUUCCAGGUCUAAAGCCACACUGAUAAGGUCCAAUCAGUUUGUUGACAGUGGGCUUUAGUCUUUCACACAAUACGCUCGAUAGAACCUUGUAUGCGAUAUUUAGGAGGCUGAUCCCACGGUAACUGGCGCAGAUUGUGGUAUCUCCCUUUUUAUGGAUUGGGCAGAGCACACUGAGAUUCCAAUCGUCAGGCAUGCUUUCUUCCGACCAUAUUCUGCAAAGAAGCUGAUGCAUGCACCUUAUCAGUUCUUCGCCGCCGUAUUUGAAUAGUUCUGCCGGUAAUCUAUCGGCCCCCGCUGCUUUGUUGUUCUUCAAGCGGGUAAUUGCUAUUCGAAUUUCUUCAUGGUCGGGUAAUGGAACAUCUGUUCCAUCGUCAUCGAUUGGGGGAUCAGGUUCGCCAUCUCCUGGUGUUGUACUCUCACUGCCAUUCAGCAGGUCGGAGAAGUGUUCCCUCCAUAAUCCCAGUCCAGGGCAUAGGACAUCGGUUACCAGAUUACCACCUUGGUCUCUACAUGAGGAUGCUCCGGUCUUGAAACCUUCGUUAAGUCGCUUCAUUUUUUCAUAAAAUUUUCGAGCAUUCCCUCUGUCUGCCAGCUUCUCAAGCUCUUCGUACUCACGCAUUUCGGCCUCUUUCUUUUUUUGUCUGCAAAUGCGUCUCGCUUCCCUCUUCAGCUCUCGGUAUCUAUCCCAUCCCGCACGUGUUGUGGUCGUUUGCAAUGUUGCGAGGUAGGCAGUCUGUUUUCUCUCCGCUGCGAGACGGCACUCCUCAUCGUACCAGCUUGUUUUUUGUCGUUGCCGAAAACCAAUUGUUUCGGCUGCAGCGGUACGCAGUGAGUUUGAGAUGCCGUUCCACAGUUCCCUUAUACCGAGAUGCUGAUGAGUGCUCUCAGAGAGCAGGAGUGCAAGUCGAGUAGAGUAUUUCGUGGCUGUCUGUUGCGAUUGCAGCUUUUCGACGUCGAACCUUCCUUGUGUUUGUUGACGGGCAUUCUUUGCUGCACAGAGGCGGGUGCGUAUCUUCGCUGCGACCAGAUAAUGGUCCGAGUCUAUAUUUGGUCCUCGGAGCGUACGCACGUCUAAAACACAGGAGACAUGUCUUCCGUCUAUCACAACGUGAUCGAUUUGGUUCCGCGUGUUUCGAUCAGGAGACAGCCAAGUAGCUUGAUGUAUUUUCUUAUGCUGGAAUCUGGUACUACAGACGACCAUAUUUCGGGCCCCAGCGAAGUCGAUCAGCCUCAGGCCGUUUGGCGAUGUUUCGUCAUGGAGGCUGAAUUUUCCGACUGUUGUGCCAAAGACACCUUCUUUACCCACCCUGGCGUUAAAAUCACCAAGCACGACUUUUACAUCGUGGCGGGGGCAGCGCUCAUAGGUGCGUUCUAGGCGCUCAUAGAAAGCAUCUUUGGUCACAUCAAAACUCUCUCUUACAAAAAUAUAAAUUGUGAUUCGAAAACUUAUUCUACUCAAUUCAAUUAAAUUAAGAAAGUAGUGUAACCGCUUGUUAAUCUAUAGCAGUUCGAGUAAGUCAGAGUAUUGUAUUUAUGCUAAUUGUUUGUUCGAUUCGCCACUCUGUACGGUUUAGUUCCUGUUACCCGCUCGUUACACAUUAAUUUUAUCUUUCAUACAAAGGGUGAUCCAUUUCGAGGUUCUCUACUUUUUUUCAGAAAAAUCAAAUUUAAUGGGGAAUGUUUUAUAUCAUUCUUUGGCAUUUACUUUUUUAAAGAUUUUCACUUUCAAAUGUUGGCUACGGCUACGGCUCAGAUGGUCCAUUCAUUGAGACCAACACUCGUGAUGUUUUGCUCCAAGGCCUGAAUUAAAGCGCGAUUGUCCGCAAAGACUUUAAGAUUUACAUAUCCCCACAGGAAAAAGUCUAACGGUGUGAUAUCACACGAUCUUGGUGGCCAAUCGAACGGCUCACAAUGUGAAAUGUUCUCUCAAGUGCGCGAAACACAUCCUUCACAGCACGUGAAUUUUCGUAAUAAAGUUGAACAAUUUGUAAACGUCUUUCCAUGAUGAAAUGCCAAACAAUAUUGAACCAAAAUAACACGACUCACGCGUGA